CAAGAAGAGAUUGUAGUUUUCCUAGAUGAAAAUGCUGGCAGAAAGCUAUUGCACAAUAGUACAUUCCCAAAAAUAUGUAGAAUCCACCUAUCCAGAACUAUACCCAGGAGGUGCCAAUAAUACAAAGUAAAUAUGCAAAGCCGCUUUACAUAACUGAAUCACAGAAUGCUCUGUAAUAAACUAAUCCUCACAGUCACGUAGAAGCCAAGAAGCCAAAAAAGACAACCCUACAGGCAGAAAGUGCCUUUUAUAUUUGAUGCAGUGGCCGAACGCCCUGUUGAAUGUCAUUCCGAGAAGCAUCCACUUGCAGAGCCACAGCACCAUACGUCACCGCAGUUUCAGACCCGCAGUUGUAGACCCGCAGUUUUAGACCCGGAAGUGACGUUACCAUUUCUAGGCAAGGCGAAAACAACGCCUCCAUUUAUCGAACACAAGUCUUAGUUUUUAGCACGAGCGCAGCAUUUUUGAGCACGAACAAAAUAUGACAGAAAACAGCACGAAACACAUAACUAUUCAAUUGAGAGAGUCAGUACCACUGCUGACUCAAUGCAACAGAUGUUGCACCUUGUUCCAUUGUCCUUUUUGUAGUGGUAAUGUUUUUAAGCCCUCCAAACUGGAAAAAUUAAAAAAGCAUUUGAAGAGUCAUUUCAAGAAGGCAGUUCUCCAUGAAGGUAAAUUCAUUUGAGAGUUUAUUUUUAAUGUAUGUCCAGUACUGGUACAUACUGUAUACUUUUAACUCGGUAUUCUACAUUAUAACAAUUUAUACUGUUACACAUUUUAGGUUUUGCCAUCCACAGAUGUGGUUUAGACUGCAGACCAUCACAGCAUUAUCACUGCCCCUACUGCCAGACUACAAUAUUUAGGAGAAGUGACUUUGAAAAUCACUUGCUUGUUUGUAAAUGUAAACAGAAUGCUUUUUCGACCACCAAAGCACCAUCUUCAACCCUGGAAACCCGACCAAGUGCCAGUGGCACAAUGACUGUUCCUCCAGCCCUGGAAACUCCACCAAGUGCCAGUGGCACAAUGAUUGUACCACGAGCCCUGGAAACUCCAAGUGCCACUGCCUCAGUUACUGUUCCACCAGCCUUGGAGACUCCACCAACUGCCUGUGCCACAGUGACCGUUCCACCCACAACCAUAGUUUACACAGGAAAGGUUCGUUUACGUGCAGUGGUCAGAAUGAGGUGCCCAAUAUGCAAUGUUCAAAUUAAUAAAUGGAACUUGAAAAACCAUAUUGACCGCAAACACACAGAGCAAAAAACACAAGACGUCAAUGCUAAAUGCCAUCUUACCAGUCAAUGCAUUGAUGGGAAAAAUGGCAUUUUUGCUGUUAUGAAGACAUUUAAAGGGCAUAGCAUACCACUUCAUGUACAGUGUAAAACAUGGGGGGAAGUUCACACUGUCUUAUGCGAAUCCAAUGAAUGCCAGAUCAAUAUGGAAGUAGCACAAAGGAGUGGUCUUGUAUCCUAUCACUGCAAACACAUCAGGUCAGUUAGUUACUGUGCUUCCUUGGCCAAGACCGUUUUGCUGUCUGAGAAGGUAUUGUCGGAGAUGGAGAGCGCAAAGUGGUUUAGUGAAGAAAAGAAGAAGGCCUGCCUUGCUCGACAGCAGCUUGCGAACACCAACAGGGUUCCACUGUCCGUUAUCACGACAAUUGGAAUACCACAAACAAAAAAAUGCAUUUCAGUCUAUGAACCAUCUAUGUCGUAUUACAGCCGCUUGGGACGUGUCAUUGUUGUUUAUGAUGCAAAGUUAAACACCUGGCACUGUCCAUGUGCCAGAUUAAGGCGAUCUUGCAUUCACAAAUAUAUUGCCAAAUGGCACUUGUUUGAGACCCACCGUGAACUUUUCAGGACCGUUAUUAGUACAGAGGAAGCACUGCAAGCAAAUGAGCAACUCUCUUCUUUUGAAGAAAGGAAUGUGAAAGAUGACCAUUCUGUUUAUCCUCCAAAAGGUGUGGGGCUUGAGAGUAUAGUGACUUAUAUUUUGAGGAACAAGAAGAUACCUGCUGCCCUGCCAAAGGAUUUGUGUGUACCAACAGCUUACAGGCACUAUCCAAAGAACCUUUUUCCGGAAGAAACAAUGUGCCAGAGAUGCCCCAGCAUUGUCCCACUUAGUGACCCUAUGCUGAUUACACGAAAGGCAAAAAUACUGACCAACUGGUGCAUUAUUGAAGAUAUUUCCACUUACUGCAAGCAGUGCCCACAGUGUGGAAUGUUCUACCGCUACCAAGAGUGGAAAGACCACCUCCACAAUUUCAACGAUUACAUUAUUCUUGACUUGGCAUUAUGCCUGACCUUGAGAAACCUUCUCCAGGUCCAUACUGCAGUGAGCAGAGCUGUUGAAUAUUUACAGCUCACAGCAGGUGUGCAGUUUCCACCAUCGGACACAGUGUUGCAUGCCUAUUUACAUUUUGAGGCCCUUACGGAUCAUGAGUAUAAGUAUUCGUGUGUCACCUGUGGUGAUCAUCCCCCAGUGGUGGUAAUGGAUUUGCACAAAAAAGGUGUUUUCAAGAUAUCAGUAAAUGAUAUAAAAAAACCACCAGAGAAUUUCAGAGGAGAGGUUGAUUUGGAAACUUUUUGGGAUGCAUUGUCCAAGGAGAUGAUUUGUCGUGGAUUUGUUGUCAGUGGAAGAUGUAAUCCCUUUGCAGUACCACCAAUUUUUAACAUUUGGGCUCCUUGGAUUGGUAGGAGAACUCGGCGCUCGAAUGUUGUGGUGAAUACUGAAUUUGAAAAGAUUCAUUCUCCAAAGUCUUUGUCAGAGGCUGCUGAAAUUUCGGUUUCAGAAGACAGGCUUAUAGAUGAACUUUUCAAGCAGAAGGUUGAAGUGAUAAGAAAAUUGUGUAAAGAGUGUGGAUUGGAUUCCAGUGGAUCACGUAGUGACCUGCUACUUAGACUAUCGAAUGAAAUUAAGUCUAGGCAAAUGUAUGAUAAAAUAUUUCAAAAAAUUUGGGCAGUCUCUGGUGGAUGGGCAGUAAUCAUGUGUCCAUGUGGGAUUGUUUACAGCCUUAAAUGUAAUCUGCGAGCUGAGAGCCCUCGUGACUUUGCUGAUUUGUUGCUGUCAUGGAAACACAUGCCGAAUGUGGUAAUUUAUGACUUUGCCAGGGGUCUUGCCACACAUACUAAUCUCAGGGUACCAGAAAAGCUGCCCUUCUCUCCAUUUGAAGGACGUUUAGCUGAACCUACUGAAAGCAGCCGAGCAAUGGCCGCAUGCGGAAAGCUGAAAGUGUCCCUACCUUGGCUGAACACUAAAAAGAUAAUGGCAGAUCCAGAUGGUCAUCCCACAACGGGUUCUUCUGAUCAUUAUGCACUGUAUGAUAGAUUUCAUGAGAGCAAUACCAAAGACCGUAGGGAUAUCCUGAGGAAACUCACCUUGGUACCGCAGCUAGCUGGGAGGGUGAAUAGUCAGGUUGCUGAACAACUGUUUGCUAAGAUGAGAAAAAACAACUACUUCUUGAAUAUGACAAUGCCAUCAACCCAUCUCUUUCAAAUGAGGAACAUAAUUCAUCACUACAAUCAAAACAGGAACAACAACAUUUUAAACAGGCUAAAGAAGACUUUAGGGUCUGAAAUGGUGAUGAAUGUUCAUGGACUGGCCAUGUUGGGAAAUCCAGAUGUGCAUCCAGAGGAAACAAAUCCUGAUAUGGACAGGACCUCUUCCCUUGCUAACAUUGCAACAGUUGCAAGAGAGGAGAACCCUGUUCUGAUAAAUGUUAAGACUGCCUCAACUAAAGAAUACCCGAUUGUGUAUCGGAUUCAAGACCUGUCUGCCAGUAGAACUUGCUGGGAUUGUCAGCCAAGCAAUGAACAAAUAAAAAUGCUUGAUUGGAUUUUAGGCAAGAAUGACCCAGAAGAGAAAGUGGCUGAAGUUGGGAACAUUACUCUCCAGCGAAAGGACUUCUGGACUUUGGGUCACAAUGAAGAGCUAGAGGCAACAAUUGCAAAUAGCUGCCUGCAAGCAAUCGCAUUGGUGGCUGAUAUACAGGGGAAAGAUGUACUGGCAGUUGAUGCAUAUGUUGUGGUUACGUGGCUACCACCACUUAAUCAAGAUCCUUUUUUAUCAUUUCCAAAUAAUAUUGCGCUCAAGGAUUAUCUGCUUUUUCCUGAGCUCUGGCUUAUUUUUCCUUAUUGA